UGAGGAACGUAUCUCUAGUCAUUAGUUUAGUGUCUAGUCUUUAGUAGUGUCAAUAGUGUCAUAAGUCAGUUGUCACUGUCAAAAUAUCAAUAUUUUUCAGUAAAAAUCAAGCUUAAAGAAUUUACAAUAAAAAUUUACAUAAAGUUAGUGUUUUCCAACCAAUAUUUAUAGUACAAUGGGCGUAUUAAAAAAGACGACAGGCCUUGUGGGCAUGGCUGUUGCCCCUAAUCCUCAUCAUACUUUAGGAGCGCUCUAUGGAAAAAUUCUUAGAACUCUUCAAAAGAUGCCUGAAUCUUCAGUAUACAGAAAAUAUACUGAACAAAUUGUUAAAGAAAGGGCUGCUGUUUUGAAACAGACUAAAGAUGCCUAUGAAAUCGAAACUAAAAUAAAUUGUGGCCAAGCAGAGGAGCUCAUAAUUCAAGCCGAAAAUGAAUUGAACCUAGCACGUAAAAUGUUGACCUGGAAAGCUUGGGAGCCCCUAGUCGCCAAGCCUCCGAAGAGUCAAUGGGAAUGGCCUCCAACUAAAGCUUAAAUGUUUCACGGUUAUAUGAAGAUAAUUUGUUAUUUAUAGAUUACAGAACUAUAGUUUAUUUGUUUUGUUUCAAAUAAAGAAACAUUAGCAUGCAA